UAAUUUUAUUAAUUGACGUGACACAUACGCACACAUGUACUUUAAAUUAGUAUUAAAAAAAAGUCUGAAUAAAUAUUUCCCUAAGUAAAAUAAAAUUCUGGUUUUGUGAGAAAUAAUGCGCUUUUUCACCUCAGGAGAUAUUUUCCACGUUUUUUACAUUAGGGUUUUUCAGGAAAUAGAUUAUAAAUAUUUAUUUACCUUUGGAGAAAUAAAAUUUUUAUUUUUCCAACAACAAUUACUGACUGGUGAAAACAAAGUGGUUAGUAGUAAAAGUACAACAGGAGAAUGUCUUUUGCAGAAUCCAAUGGAGUUGUUCACGCACCACCAAUGCAAAACAUAGGAUCAUCCGAUGGUGGUGCGGCGCCGGCACCGUACUACCCUAUCUUGCCGCCGCUUUCCUCCUCCUCACCUCCGACGACGACGAUGGAGACUUAUCAAGUUUCCCCCGCAGCCGGAGCCGCCGUUCCUAUUCCCCUUUCCUUUCCCGUCGAUCCUAUGGUGAGUAUGGACCUUACUUCAAUUGAGCCGGCAAAACGAAAACGUGGAAGGCCGAGGAAAUAUGCUCCUGAUGGUGCCGCCAACUCGGGGAUGAUGUCUCCGCCGCCGUUGUCGGCAGCUCAGGUGGCGGCGCAGUCAGGCGGUGGAUUUUCGCCGACGGAGGGAGUAGAGGGAGCUUCUUUUGCAAAGAAAAAGGGAAGGGGGAGACCACCUGGUUCUGGAAAAAAACAGCAAUUAGGUGAUUUAGGAUCAGCAGGUGCAGGAACUGGAUUUAGACCACAAGUUAUAGCUGUAAAAGCAGGGGAGGAUGUAUUGGCAAAACUAAUGUCAUUCUCUCAAAGUACAUCUCAAGCCGUCUGCGUUUUGUCAGCAAAUGGCUCCAUAUCUAAUGUGUCACUUCAGCAAGCAGCAAUAUCUGUUGGAAAUGUAACAUAUGAGGGACAGUUUGAGAUCUUGUCUCUGUCUGGUAGCUUUCUCCUCUCAGAAUCUGGUGGCGAGCGCAGCAGGACUGGUCGUUUGAAUGUGUUACUAGCUGGACCAGAUGGCCAUGUUCUAGGUGGCGGUGUGGCAGGAGUUCUUACUGCAGCAUCCGCUGUACAGGUUAUUGUGGGCAGUUUUGGUAUGCAAGGUCAAAAGCAGUCAAAAUUGGACCGUUCUGAUGCUUUUGGUGUGCAAUCCUUCCUGGUCUCUGGAGCAUCAGCAGCUAAAAGUCCCUCGUCACUUGGAACUGUAAGCGAGUCCAGUGGUGAGCCUGUGAGCCCUCAUAAUCAGCUUGCUGAAGCUUCGAAUAAUGGUACUCCUGUAGUUGCCAAUAACUUGCCAUGGAGAUAAGUUAAUGAUAGUGAUCAUCACUCGCUCCCCUCAUUUCAAUUUUCAAUGAUCAUGUUGAGAACUCCUGUUGAUAUUCCAUCGAUCCUGAGGAAGCCAGCCAACCUUUGUGUUGGUUUAGAUUUUCUUUCUUAUUAUACAUGCACCGUAGGAUAUUAAAUGGAACCUCAUUGCUGUCAGUUUAUAUUUAUGUAAUCAGCAAGUCAUACUCCCCAAAUUGUUUGAGAAUAGUGGCAUUGAAUUUCAAAAUCCUUUUUGAGUUU